GUUGAGUAUACAGACAGAUUACCGACGACCCAAGGUUAUUUCCUCGAAGCUCCAUUUGUCUUCAACGUUCGCUCUCAUCACAACAAUUGGGCGCUAAUUUGGAUCGUUGCCGGGUGUUCUGGGUCAGGUGGCUGGUCAUCGUCAGGUAGUCAAGAUCGCUGCACUCAGAUACUCGGAACCAAAAAUGCUGCCUUUUUGGAUGUCCCUCAUGAAAACAAUAUUUCACUCGGAAUAAUUCACCCGCAUCAGAGAACACACCAACUGAAAUGUCAAGCGGAUUUAAGGAGAUUAGGCUGGGCAAGGACAAAGGCGGAGAAUUGGAGCAGCAGCUGCAGGUGGCAAGUCGUCAGGCCAAAAAGCUGUUGACUUGGCUUGAAAGUGGUGAGCACUACGACUGCACCUUCCAAGCUGGUCCUUCUGGAAGCUCGAAGGAGGGCCUUUUCAAGUGCCACCAAUUGGUUCUGGCAACCAGUAGCCCUGUACUGGCAAGAAUGCUCUACGCCCACUUCAAUGAGGAUGGAAAGGGAGUCAAUGACCCCAUCUUCUUGCCAGACGUGGACGUUCUGACCUUCAAAGCUGCCCUUAGGUUCAUCUAUGGUCGAGAAACUGUUGACCUGCCUGACGAGAGUAUGGAACAGGCCAUUUCGAUUUUGGAAUUUGCCAGCAAGUGGCAAAUUCUUGGUUUGGACCAGUUGGCAGCCGCAGUGUGCCUUCAUUAUGAUCACUCGGCUGAAGACUUGCUUCUCCUGCACCACCUCUUCUGCACCAAUGGCUUAACUGAUGAGCCCAAAAAAAUUAUGCAACUCAUAUGUGAAAGAGGCAGCGAGGUGUUGAAGAUGUUAUCGGCUGCUCACAAGGACACCGUCCUGGAAAUCUUGAGGCAGGACCAGCUAAACUUUGUGUGUGAAAAAGAUCUGUAUGACGCUCUCAUUGAGUGGGGUUCCGCCAAAAUCACUGACUCGGACAAGAACCCUGUAUUGAUUAGGAGCCAAGUGAAGACUUUGCUGCCCCUCAUCAGAUUCAAGACAUUCAGUGUCAAGGACUUUGCCCAGCUCUGCAAAGAACCACCAGUGGUCACCGAUGAGGAGAAACUGAAGAUGUUCUCCAUUCUGCACCAGAAGACAAAUGAUUGCAUCAGAGGAUUCGAUCUGGAGUCACCCUGGAGAGGCAUGUUCGACCCUGCAACUCUUCAAUUGACGUCUUUCAAAGCUGAAUGCUCUUUGCAAACAAUUGAAUCCCAAGAGAAGCAAUUUACAUUCUCUUCCAUUGAGUUCAAGUCGCCAACUUACCUGCUCGGGGUCGCAAUCUACAGUCUGUGCCACCUCAACGAAGGGGCCGAAAUGCACCUCAAGCUGGAAAUCACCUGCAGUGGGAACCGUUACCCUAUGGCCUCAGUCGAGCACCAUGUUGCAAGCAACAUGUUUAGCCACAAGGACUUAGCGAAUUCACUUGUCAUGCUGAAAAAUCCUUGCCUGUUGCAGCCUUUCAUAAUGUUCUGUGUGAAAGUGACCCAUUUUGCCGGUGGCAUGAGAAAGCAUGCACGCUUCAGUAUGGGCAUGAAAAAUGAUCCCAUACCUUCUGAUCAAGACACUCCUGUAUAUCGUUGUAGGGGAGGUGAGGUGGUUGCUUUGAAAGUUGCCAAACCAAUGAAACGUUGAGAGAGAUUUUGGAAAUCUUCAACCUGCAGGAUUUUGUUUUUAAAUUUAAAUUUAUGCAUGUUGAAGUUUCUCAUUGUACUUUCAAUUUCUUCCAACAAAAAAUGUAAGUAAAAAAAUUGAAAAUAUUUCCCCAGUUUAACCUUCAACUCAAAUGAAAAAUUGUUUCGCUUCAAAAGUUUUUCCCUCUAAUAAUUUGUGUAAAUAAUUAAUUCAACAUUUGUAGUUAUCUUAUCAGUAAAAA